CUUCAAUUUCAACAUUCUCAAGAAACCUCAAAAAGAGUGAGCAGUCCCACCACAUGGCGCUGAACAAUCAGCAAGACGCCAUUCCAGAGUCUGCCUAUGCACAGAUCCCAGCUUUCCCGCUGAAACCUGGCGCCCAAACUCAACAUGCCGCUCCAGGUGAGCCCUCUGCGCCGCUGCCACCAGGCAUGGCUUCGGUACGGCAGCAUACCGCCGACGAGGUCUUGGAGUUGAUGAAUCGGGUGCCUCUGUUUAUGACCACUCUAGAUGAGACGGAUGGCGAAGGCGGCGAGAAUCUGGAGCUUGAAGCGCUAAAGGCGAUGGCCUAUGAAGGCACUCGUGUCGAAAUUGCAGCAAACUUCAGAGAGCAAGGAAACGAUUGUGCCAAGACAAAGAGCUGGUCGGAUGCGAAAGAGUACUACGACAAGGCAUUGACAGCCCUGAGAGGUCCCCGGAAUCCCUCUGGUGAUCCGGAGAUUGAAACAAACGUGGUCGAUCUGGAUGAAGAGGAGGCAAGAGAAAAGCAAAUGGAAGAGGCCUGUUACGUUAAUCGCGCACUAUGCAAUCUGGAAAAGAGUCCGUAUUCCGCAUUCUCUCUUGACAGCCCCUCACCUCUGCCGUCGUUUAUCCCAGUUUGCUCCUGACACGUACGCAGAAAACUACGGUUCCUGCAUCCGUGACUGUGCCUCCACACUUCGCCUCAAUCCACGUAACGUCAAAGCCUU